GUGUGGGACAGCAUGCUGCUUUUCGACAUACUGAACCAACUAAACUACUAGUUAUCGAGUUCAAACCACAGAAAGACACCAUUACACGAGAAAAGGCUGUUGUCAUUUGCUGUCCCCCUCAAUGGGUUUCCUGAAUGCCCUCAGAGCUGUCAGAUGCCGCCUGAGUCCCUUUUCAACAUCAAAAUCAUGGCUUUCUACCGAAGCCUCACUGCUGGGGGACAAGAACAUCCUGCUCAUGGGUGCUCCUGGAUCAGGGAAGACCACAGUGGGGAGGAUAGUGGCUCACAGACUGGGACUGCCCGUCAUCGACGUCGAUGACGACGUCUUGGAGACGGCAUGGAAGAUGCCCGUGGCCGCCAAGCUGGCUGCAGUGGGCGGAGAGCGUUUCCUGGAGGAAGAGGGCCAGGCUCUGUGUAGCUUCUCCGCCUCUGGGUGCGUCGUUUCCCUCACGGGCUCCAACCCCCUCCACGCCGCAGCCAUGCAGCGCCUCAAAGAGUCCGGAUUGGUCGUCUACAUGGACGUGGACGCUGAAGACAUCAUGCAGAGGCUCGCCAGCAUGAAGGUGAACAGGAUCGUGGGCCAGGAGGCCGGGGCGUCCAUAAGGGACAUCCUGCGCUACAGGAAACAGUUCUACGAGAGAUGGCUGGAUGUGCGGGUGCUGUGCGGAGCAGGGGUCACGGCGGAGGAAGUGGCGGAGAAGGUGCUGAAGGCUGUCGAGAGAUAUCACAACCGCGCUGCGGAAACCUUUGUGUCAACCAGGAGUGACGGCGCGGCAUCGUCCAAUCAGAAGACACACUUCAGUGAUGUGGUUAUUGAGGGUCUGGCCACAGAUGGAGGCCUCUAUGUUCCCAGAAAUGGCUUCCCAAGCAUGGAUGCUCGUGAAUGGCUGAGACUGGCUGACAUGUCAUACCCAGAACGAGCAUUAGUGAUAAUGGAGAAGUGCAUCCACCCGUUGGACGUGUCUGCUUUGGACCUGAGAUCAAUGAUAUUCAAGGCGUACGGGUCCAACUUUUCCAGUGAGGCGGUGGCGCCGGUGAAACAUCUGAUCCACAAUCAGUACGUCCAGGAGCUUUUUCACGGCCCCACCGCCUCCUUCAAAGACCUCGCCCUGCAGCUGAUGCCCCAGCUCUUCGCCCACUGCCUCCCGCAGAUGUGCAACUACCUCGUCCUGGUGGCCACAUCUGGGGACACGGGAAGCGCGGUGCUCAGCGGCUUCGGCAGCCUGGGCGGCACCGACAUGCACAGGACCGGGGUGCUGGUGUUCUUCCCAGAGGAAGGCGUGAGCGAGACCCAGAAGAUCCAGAUGACGAGCUACAGGGAGGGCAACGCCAGGGCCGUCAGCGUGAUGUCAGACUUCGACUUCUGUCAGAGGAGCAUAAAGAGGAUGUUCGGAGAGUCGGGGCUGACGGGGCACCUCGCCGUGGAGUACGGCACGGUCCUCAGCACCGCCAACUCCAUCAACUGGGCCCGGCUGCUGCCACAGGUGGUGUAUCAUUCCUCAGCCUAUCUGGAUCUGUGCAGAGACGGUGUCAUCACGUUCGGGGAGCCCAUCGAUGUUUGCAUCCCCUCCGGUAACUUCGGCAACGCCAUGUCAGCUGUGUACGCCAAGCAGAUGGGCGUCCCCAUAAGAAAGGUCAUCUGCGCGUCCAACCACAACCGCAUCAUCACAGACUUCAUCACCACGGGCGAGUACGACCUCCGGGGUCGACCUCUGAUGACCUCCAGCUCCCCGGCUAUAGACAUCCUGAAAUCCUCCAACCUGGAGAGGUUUAUCCACCACGUCUCGGACGGAGACGGCCGCCUGGUCAACGAGCUGUUCACGAGCUUGGACAGGAAGCAGCACUUUCAGGUGGCCGAGCCUCUUCUCUCCAGGAUGCAGCAGGAAGUUCUGGCUGGCUGGUGUUCUGAGGACGACUGCUUGGCCGCCAUCCAGAGCGUCCACGCACAGACGGGCUACCUCAUGGACACGCACACCGCCGUGGCCAAAGUGGUGGCCGACAGGCUGCAGGACGGCUCGUGUCCCGUGGUGCUCUGCUCCACCGCUCACUACGGGAAGUUCGCCCCCGCCGUGUUCAAAGCUUUGGGAAUCCAAAAUGUUCCGGAAGAUCCCGUCGAGCAGCUGAAGCAGCUCGGAUCGACCGCGUCCAGACCGGGAAUACACAGAGGCGUGAUGCAAUGCCUGGAGGAGAGCGGCGGAAAGGGACACGGCGUUUGUCGGGCAGAUUACGGCGUGUUGGUAGAAGAGGUGGAGAGCAUGAUACAGGACUCCUUCCUGAAAGUUAUGUAGGAUUAUGUGCUAUUUGCAUCAUUUAUUCCUCAUUCUUCCAAUGAAAAAGCCAUUUUUUUAAAGAAAUAACAGAACAAUUAAUCUUAAAAAGGUACAAGAUAUAAAAAAAAUGAAAUAAAACAAGUUUUUAAGCAGGUUAGGUCAUUGGAUUUAUUUUAAACACAUCAUUUAAUUCUGCCUGCAGGAUUAAGAAAAUAAAACCCACCACACAUUAAUUCUUGUUGUACAAUAAUUUAAAUUGAAAGCCUAUUGAUUAUGCAACAUUUCUUUACAUCAUUACCCAGAGCCCUGGCCCACUAGAUGGGGAUGUCUACCUCCUGCAGUAACAGUAUAUGUGUAUUGCCGUUGGGGAGGGGGGGGGUUAAUUAAUUACUGGCCGAGUCAGAAGGUCAAAUAAACUAGUAAACAAUGAUGUCAAAUCAAUAUCUGCAGUCAGGGAGAAAAUCUCCCCGGAGGAAAUUGUAUUCUUAUGCAGUGUGCUGUGAACAUACAUAUUUGCUGUGUGUUGAUUGAUGUUUAAUGAUUAUAUAACAAACGUUUUAUUCCCCUCAUCCCUCUUUCUCAUUACUCAAACUUUCUCUCUGCUGGCGUGAGGACAGAUGGAGGGCUGUGAGAGCUGCGUGGUGCCGAUCUCACGGCGGCAUUAAAACUCAGAUAAUGAACUGAGCUCCACAGUCCACACUAAUUGCCAGGGGAAGCUCGAGCAGCUUGUACACUCGUCCAAUCAGAGUCCACUGACUCAUUAAAUACCUGACUGAAGGUAGAAACGGUUAUUAUUUCAUUAAAAAGAAAAACCUUUGAAACACGUCAUUCCUUUUCUCUUUCACGAGCCUCUCAGCUGCUAACAUUCAGGAACAUGUAUUCUUUAAUAAGACAGUUUAAGAAGUUUCAGUUUGUUCCCUUGAGAAUAAAACUAUUUAAGGAGUAGCUGCACAAUUUGGGAAAUUAUGCUUGAGAAAAGGAAGUGGCUCAGUUUUCAGUUUAUGUUUUGUAGGGAUUUUAUCAACGAGAUAUAUAUAUAUACUU